AUGUCAGAAUUUAUUUUUGGAGCAGAAAUUUCCAAAAGUAUCGAAAUUACAAAGACCGCUUUUAAAGCUUCGGGAACCGUAGAAGAAGCCAUUAAACCAUAUUUACAAUUAAUCGCGGUUGUUACAACUUUGAUUGAUGAUAUUAUCAAAAUUUAUGAUGGUGUGGAAUCUAAUAAUAAAAAAAUUUGUAGUUUUUUGAUGGAUAGAGUUUAUAUUGCUGAAAUUUUUAUUAAAAUUUUAAGCAGAAGGAAACAAGAGAACGAAAAAAAUUUUCGCAACAUGAAAUAUUAUUUGACUUUUGCAAGGUUUACUAAUGUCAUGAAAGAAAUUAGGGAUUUUAUUAAAGAUGUCUCCAAAUUACAAUUUUACAAAAAAUUCUAUGAAUUUAAUGGUUUAGUUAGUGAUUUUGAGUCCGUGAUGAAGGAUUUGAAUUUCACCGAUAAAGAGCAGCGCAGAAUUGAUCAACUAGCCCUUACUGAAGAUUCUUCCGAAAUGGCAAAGGCAGCUCUUGAAGCCGAAGAAAUUAUAGAAACCGAAGGUGAUGUAAACGAAAGAACCAAGACUAUGGGUAAUCAAGGAACCGAUAAAACCGCAGAGACUAUGGGAUCUGAGAGAGUUGUAGAUACGCAAAGAACUGAAGUUGCCGUAGAAGUUGUAAGUACCGAUGUAACCGUAGAGACUAUGAGGACUCAAAGAACCGACUGUGUUGUUGGAGUUGUAGGUACCGAAGCAAAUGUAGACACGAUACGAACUGAAGGAACCGAAGGAGCUAUGGAAAAUCAAAGAACUUUAGAGACUGUAGGAGCUUUAGGAGAAGCCAUUAAACCUUAUAUACCAUAUAUUGCGAUUGUUACAACAAUUAUUGAUAAAAUUUUUUCGAUUUAUGAAGAUAUUGAAUAUAACAAAAAGAUUUGUAAUGCUUUAAUGGAUAGAGUUCAAAUAGUUGAUUAUAUAUUAAAGAGAAGAAAAUGGAAGGAAAAUCUUCUUCGUAAUAAAGAAUAUUAUUUAGCUUUUAUAAAAUUAAUUGAAAUCAUGAGAAGAAUUAAAAACUUUAUUAUAGAUGUCUCCCAACUAAAGGGUUACAAUAAAUUCUUACACUCCUCUAUUAAAGAUACCUUUAAUGAUUUAGUCUACGAUUUUGAUAUCAUUAUAGACGUUUUGAAUUUCACAACGACAAUUGACAAUGGAGAACAGCGUAAAAUUGACCGGAAGGCUCUUGAUGAAGAUAUAGUCGAAAUGUCCAGAUUCUUGGAAAGGAUUGAAGGUGGUAUUACUACUGGUAAUAACCAAAUUAAUCUAGACGUUAUAUUAAUUAAUAAUCAAAUAAAAGAAAUUAUUGAUAUGAAUCGAUGGAAGGCUGUUGAGAUUAUUAAAACAAAAGAAAUAGAACCAAAUGAGCUUUCUGAUAGUCGUGAGAAAAGGAAACAUUAUCCUAUAAGGAAAUUCUUAAAACAAAGUAUAGAUGUCGCUUGUAUCAGAAAUGAUAACUUAAGUUCGAGAAUAGUUAUUUUAGAACUUCUCAGUUAUUCUCCCAACGUUUUGAAAUUUUAUGGACUUUCUUAUGUCGAAAAUCACCAGGUCAUGGUAUUUGAAUGGGCCGAACAUGGAAACCUACGCGAAGUUUAUAAUACAUACGAAAUCUCUUGGGUUGCAAAGGUAUCUAUUGCUCUUGGUAUCUGUCGCGGAAUCAUUUUCUUACAUUCCUGCUCCGUGCUUCAUCGAGAACUCCGUUGUGAAAGCAUUAUGAUGACUUCGCGUUUGGAACCUAAAAUUGCAAAUUUAGAAUACUCACGUCCUGUUGAUGAUAAUACAACUUGUCUUUCUAAUAUGACUGAAAUUAUGCAUUGGCUUGCUCCCGAGAACAUGAGAAAUUAUCGAUACAACAUGAAAUGCGAUAUUUUCAGUUUUGGAAUGCUUCUUUGGGAAUUGAUUUUUCAAAAAAUUCCUUACGAGCAUUGGGAUUUCUAUCAAAUAAAAGAACAUGUUUUGUCUAACAAACGAGAAAAGAUUACUUUUGGUGGAGAAAAUCCUGAUAUUCAAAACCUACAAAAAAGUUAUGCGAAAAUUAUCGUUUCGGCUUGGCAAGAUGAUCCUCAAAUUCGAGCUUCAUUACAACAAAUUUUCUUGAAUUUACACGACUUAUAUACAACACAUUGCUCUUCAGGGUACAAUUCUUCACUUGCCCUUAAACCUUUAGAUUUGGAUGGAUCAAAAGCAGUUUCCGUUAGCGAUAUAGGAGGGUUAGAUUUGCCAGAUUUUGAUAUGGAAUUCUCUAUUAGUGCUGUGCAAGAAAUAAUGUCACUUGAGGAAGGUAUUAAAGCUUAUAGAAGAAGCGACUAUGCGACAGCAUGGGAAUGUUUUAAUGCACACGCAGAGUUGGGUAAUACCAAAGCCAAAUAUUGGAAAGGAUAUUAUUUAUGGGAAAACUCUUCUGAUCAAAAAGAUCAAGAAGAAGCAUCAAAAUUAUUUAAAGCAGCUGCUGAUGACGGAUUUGCAGAUGCACAGUUACGAUAUGCAUUUAGUUUAAUUGAAAAUAAUGGAAUUAACUUACCGGUAUUUAUUGAAUAUCUUACGAAAUCUGCAGAUAAUAAUAAUAAUACGGCUCAAUUUAAUCUAGGCGAUUUAUAUAUUAAUGGUAAAUUUGGUGUGACUAAAAAUACCAUUAAAACAACGACAAUAGAGCCACAUGAACUUACAGAUCCUCUUGGAGAUAAACCAACUGAUUGUGGGAUUGUGAAAAAGUCCAUAAAAUUUAGUGUAGACGUAGCUUAUACUCCCACUAUAAUCCAAGAUGAUGAUUUCAUGAAAACUAUAGCUCAUUUUACUAUGUUAGAAAAACUUCGUUACUCUGAUAACAUUUUGAAAUUCUAUGGACUCUCCCAUAUUGAUGAUCAAUUGGUAACGAUAUUUGAAUGGGCUGAAUUAAGAAACCUUUGUGAUGUUUAUAAUAUAUAUGAUAUUUCAUGGACUACAAAGGUUUCUAUUGCUCUUGGUAUUUGUCGUGGCAUCAUUUUUCUGCAUUCUUGUUCUAUUCUUCAUCAUGAUAUUCGUUGCGCAAACAUUAUGAUUACAGCACGUUUAGAACCUAAAAUUACAAAUUUUAAAUGCGCACAUAUAAUGUUCGAUGGGGUCUCUAAACCUAAAAAAACCUUUUAUGAAUCAAUACCAAAUUUAGACGAUGUUAUUAAUUGGAUGGCCCCAGAAAAAAUUAAAUAUUUUAAACUUCAUCGAUAUGAUGUAAAAUGUGAAGCAUUUAGCUUUGGUAUGUUAAUGUGGGAGCUUGCCUUUGAAAAAGUUCCUUAUAAAGGUUGGAAUGUACAUAAAAUAAAGAAUCAUGUUCUAAACAAGUACAGGGAGACAUUAGAAAGCAGAUCAAAUAAUGAUGAAAGUUUUCAAGAGAAAUAUUUUGAAAUCAUUAAAAAUAAUUGGCAUCAUGACUCACGGGAGCGUUCAAGUUUUCCCACUAUUUUCAAUGAACUUAAUGAAUUAAUUGGUAGUUACCAACAAAAUGGAUUUUCUCAAAGUUUAGUUCCAAAAAAUAUUUACAUAUCACAGGCUGAAUCCGUUGAUGAAUUAGAAAAUAAAGCAAAGGAAUGGAUUGAAGAUUCGAUUAAACGAAAAGUUAUUAAAUCAAUAGCAUGGUCCGAAUUUAAUUCUCAUAAAAUGUUAUCAGCAGGAAAUUUUGGAUCAGUGCAUCAAGCAUAUUGGUCUAAAACUCAUAAACAUGUAGCAUAUAAAACAUUAUUUAUUACACCAGAUAUUAAAUAUAAGAUGUGGGAAGCAUUUAGACAUGAAAUACAAUUACAAAAAAAUCUUUCAACACUUUUGUUGCCAGAUACAAUUGAUUCCUUAACUCUUUCACCAGCAUCAGCAAGUUCAAGCUCUUUAGUUUCUUCAACACUUUCAUCAGAAAGCACAGUAAUUUCAUCAAGAACUUGCAUUGAUGAUUCAUUGAUGAUAAAUAUAAAUCCAUCGGAUUGGGCUGAGGAGGAAAAUUCUUAA